UAAUUAGAAAUCGUUUUCUACCUCCGUAAUUGCAAUCAUGCCACGAAGGGCUAUGAGAUGUCGGGUGGAUCUUAAAAUCAGAGCGGUGACUGCCCCAGGAGUAUGGUUAAGUAGUCGAGAAGAUGUCUACCUCAGUAUUUGUAUGUUUGGGGAAUAUAGAACCACCAAUCUUGUUCCUUCAAUUUUCCCCUUAUUCAUAAAGGAAGAAUUGCUCUUUGAUAAAACCUACUACACAGCAUUAGACCCUUCAUCAGUGGCUGAUUACUUGGAAGAUGAACUGGUGAUAAUAGAACUUCUACAAUUACGUGACGAUUGUGAUGGUGCUACUCGCCUAGCUUCCUAUUCUUCCAAUGCUCGUGACUUCCUGUUUCCAUAUCCAACAUUAGCACCUGCUUAUGCCUCUAACACUAGAGAAUUGCUCCUAGCUCGCACCUUGGACUUCCCUGGAAUUGCACCUAAGCUAGAGUUUAUCACUGUGACCAACAUUUCUGAGUCUCUGUCCCCUGAACUUGAUGCCUUGGAGGAUGCUUUGAUGGAUGAAAGGAAAUCAAGGAGGCGUUCCAGAUCUCGACCAAGCUCAAGAAACUCCAUGAGGACAUUCGUGGAAGUAGAUGCUGAAGAGGACCUGAAAAACUACCACAAGCCAACAGUUGCCUCUGUUUUUCGUUCUAGGUCUCCGUCUCCUGUGUUUAGGAAGAAACUAGAGCAAGUAGGAACCAGUAAACGCCCGUCAAGUUCCAGCUGUGUUGGACGACCACCCUUUGUUGUCAGACAUUUGGAGAAAAGCUUGAUUGGUCGAACUCCUGGAGCUGGAGGACCUAAACAAAAAAAAGGCAAGAAAAAGGCCAAGCGCUCGAGCAGCAGACCCCGUAGUGCCUUGUCAGACACAGAAUAUUACAGCGAUUAUGCCUCCUAUCCCAGCUUAAACAAAUACCGUUUGAAAAAGGUGCUGAGGGAAGCUGGUGAUGACCCAAUCCCUGUCUAUCAAUCACGAUUUGUCCCAAGUGAUGACGAGGAUGCUGAAGUUGCCGCCUUAACCCGUUCUGUCGAUGACCUUUACAUUCCUCCAAGGUCACGUUCCCCCAGCCCUCUCCUGUAUCGCUCUUCCUUGCGUGAGAGAUACAGUGGCCUAUCGCCUGCAGAGAGGAUUGAACGGAGGGUCCAGGAGAGUUUAAGGAGGAGUCGUGAGAUCUUGAGGAGUGUAUCUCCUGUUCCCAGGAGAUACUCUCCUUACAGAUCUCUAUCUAGGAACUCGUUGGAUGACUUAGAAAUUGACACAACCAUUGUGAAGAGUCGGAGUCCACAAGCCUACGUACACCUGGACAACGGGAAAUACUGGACAGAUAAAGCAGCUCAAUUUACAGCCAAGUCCCACCGACAAGUUUUCAAUGAUACCCUGAGCUCAUCAUAUCAGAAGAUGUAUAAGAAUGCAUAUUAAUAGCUGGAGAGGAUUUAGUGUCAGUGGUCAGCAUAUACUGCCGUUAGAGACCAGUGUCAACCAAUCUCUGUGAUAUUGUUACUGUACCUCAACAAUUUUUGGGAGCACUUUAUUUCUGUAGUAAUUUCAUGCAAAAAAUACCCAUAUACACUACAAAAAUUAUUCAAGAAUUUCAAAAACUUACAU